UGUAAUAGGUGGGAUUUGGUACGGUGCUUCUUCCAGGUUUGAAUCCGCAAAUAUACAAGGUUCACGGAGCUUUGAUUAUUAUAUGGAUUCUGUAUAACAAGAAUGCCAGGCAUACCUCUAGUGGAUCAUAAACCUGCGUAAGUUCUCUUUCAAAUUAUGUCACUUUUUUCGUAAUAUUGGCUGUAGAGCUUGCACUAGCGGACCAGAUGAUGCCCACAAACAUGUAGAGUGGUCUGUAUCUUUUCUCUUUGGAUGCACUAUUCUCGUUCUCUCUUUUAUUUUAUCUUAUUAUAUCCGACUAUCUGUAGUCUUAGGCUGAGACCAUCGAUUGAAAGGAAGUGGAAGCAGAAUGAAAAUGGUAGCCUGAGAGCAGCUGCAUUUCGUUUGUCGUGAGUUGAGACUUCAAAGCAUUUUUGGAGCCUGAAGUGAACGAUAGAUAGUGAUUAUAGAUUAAUGGAUACCCUUAAUUGCAAAAUUCCAGCAUCAUUCAGUGAAUUUAAUCCUAUCAAGUGCAUUCCUGUCUAUCUUUGUUUAAUUAUUCAAGCUUUGGGUGAGGUAGCUGUACAGUGGGCUGAAACCCAAGUUAUUAUUGUAGUUUCAAUGCUAUUAUGUAUCAGAUCCACCGCUUGUACCAUUUAAAGAAAUAUAUGUGCUUUGAUGAGAUAAGAAAAUGUGCUAACUGACUUUUUCGUAUGAAUUUUCAAUGUAUUUUGCAAUCUGUGAACAAUUGAAUUCAUCAAGAAAUUUCUGUCAGUUCACAAGUUUGCCAAAUGGGAGGAAUUCUGCUUGCAAUUGCAGUUACUCUAGAAGUGCAUAUCAUAUGUGUCGCGAAGAUCCUCGUGAGCAUUUAUCUGCAGAAGAACAAAUUGCAGCUGAGGAGAGCCUCUCAAUUUACUGCAAACCAGUAGAAUUGUACAAUAUACUUCAGCGUCGGACCGUUAGAAAUCCAUCCUUUCUGCAAAGAUGUUUGCAGUACAAGAUACAAGCAAAGCACAAAAAACGGAUUCAAAUGUCAAUCUCUCUGCCAUCAUCUGUAAAUGAUGGAUCCCAAGUUCAAAGUCUUUUUCCUCUGUGUAUAUUGUUAGCAAGACCAGUUAACAGUCAUGCAGUUCUUGAGAACUCUGCAGUUUAUCAUUUCAGCCGAGCAUGUUUCUUAGCAACCUGUAAAGGAGUUGAAGAGAUGUAUCAAGAUCAAGCAAAAUUUAUUCUGCCCGAGAUAAUUAAGCUAUCGGCUGAAGUCAAGUCUGGGUCUUUUUUUAUCUUGUUUGUGAGCUUUGCGGAAUUGUUAAAGGACCAAAUGGAUUUGUCAUCAAUUCCAGCAAAUGUUGGUGGCCACUGUUUGCUGGGUAAGAUUCCAUUGGAGUUACUCCACUUGUCAUGGGAGAAGUCUCAAAACUUGAGUACUGGGGAUAGAGCUGAGAUGCUUUCAACUGUUGACUUACAAUCCUGUUUCAUGAAGACAAGCUGUAUGGGAGAAGACAGAUGUGUUUCAUUUCAGAGUCCCAAUGACCACAGAGCUGUGCCUUUGUUACAGCAACUGCAAGUCAGCAUUGCAGCAGAAGAACUUGGAGCCAAAUGGAAAACUCCUUACGAUUCAUUUACACAUAGCGACAUUCCUGCUACUUUGCUGCCUCACAUUAUCAGGUUGAGGACUGGGAAUGUCGUUUUCAACUACAAAUACUACAAUAAUAAGUUGCAGAGGACUGAAGUGACAGAGGACUUUGCAUGUCCUUUCUGCUUGGUGAAGUGUGCAAGCUUUAAGGGUUUGACAUGUCACUUAUCUGCCUCUCACGAUCUCUUCAACUAUGAAUUUUGGGUAACUGAAGAAUUUCAGGCUGUAAAUGUAUCUGUGAAAGCAGACAUAUGGAGAUCUGAGGUCGUUGCAGAUGGUGUUGAUCCUAAGCAACAAACAUUUUUCUUUUGUUCUAAGGUACUAAGGCGAAGAAAAUUGAAGAGACGUGCUCAAAUCUCAAAACACGUGCAUCCAGUUGUCUCAGGUUCAACAUUGCCUGGAUCUAUUAAUCUUCAUGACAAGAUUGAUGAAAGUGCAGAACAUGGUGCCUCCAGCCCGAGGUUUUCAUCUGCCACAGCCCAUUCGUAUGCAGAACAUGAUUGUUUUCAGUCAUUACCUGGAAACAACCUCCCACCUUCUGCAUUGUUACAGUUUGCAAAGACCAGGAAGUUGUCGGUUGAACGAUCCGACCCCAGAAGUCGUGUGCUCUUGCAGAAACGGCAGUUCUUUCAUUCACACAGAGCUCAGCCCAUGACCAUGGAGCAAGUCUUAUCAGAUUGUGACAGUGAGGAUGAAGUCGACGAUGAUGUUGCAGAUCUUGAAGAUCGGAGGUGAAGCAUACAAGGCAAUUAUAGCAGGAGUUAUGUUGAAACAGAAAGGCUUAAAUAAAUAGGAGUGUAUAUCUUUUGCAUAUAUGGGUUGCAAAGAACUAUGACAUGAAAGAUUUUACGGUAAUUAUCCUAUCAAACUAUUGUGAAAAUAAUUACAGGAGAUCUGAAAAAUAUUGCAGUAUCUGUAAAUCUUGAAAUAUUUUCACAUCUUUAACUUCUCCUCAUAGGUGCAGGGGAAUCAAAAUUGUAUAUGUAUAAACAGAGUAGCCGAUGAAUGAAACUUGAUGAAGCAAUAAGAUAGCUGUAAGAUAAAUGCCUAUGUGAAGUUUCUAUUUUAUGAUUGGAAGUCAACUUGAAGCUAUACAGUAAGGUCUAGAACUUGUGGGUAAAAAAUCUCUCAAGAAACAGGUAAAAAUUCGUCAGUAAAUGAAAAUCUUAGAGAUGAGGUCAAUAAUCGGUCAAUAAGAAAAAAAACCUUGAGAACAAGGUCAAGAACAGUUUGAUAGUACUUUGGGAGCAAGGACAGGAAUCAGUUGGUAGAAGUAACAUUGGAAAUAAGGUCAAGAAUUAAAUAAUUGAGAACCAGGAACUGAUUGAUAAGAAAUUUGAGGGGAAAAAAGACUGAGAAAGGGAUCAAUCGGCCAUUGUUUUUGUUUAGGCUAAUAAGGAGAUAUGGAUCUUAUUGCAUGACAGUUAAUUGCAUAGAAAAAGCAAGAUCAGCUAUCUAAUGGGUACAGGGCGGAUAUAAAGAUAUUUACCGAUGCUCUGAAGGAUUUUCUUUUCAAGGACAAGAUGAGAUGGUAUAUCAACUGAACAAAGCCCAGUAUGGUUUAAAAUAGUCACCAAGUCUUGGUAAAGCAGAAUUUAUGCACACCUGAUAAACUUAGGCUCUGAAAAGAGUCUAAGUGAAUUUACUUUAUAUAUCAAGAUGGUUGAUGACGAAAUACUUGUGGUGUCCUUGUAUGUUGAUUAUAUACUUGUCACGGGAAGUAAUGAGGAGCU